AUGGCGCGACACAGCGGCACAUGCACGCCGCUCGUCGUGACGCGCGCGCGCAUCCACGCUACGCGAACGCCCGCGCGCCGGGCCCGCGAUAUGCCCGCAGUGAAAGUAUUCAACAUAUUCGGCGGACAGAAGCCGACCGAGAAGCAUACACCUGUGACACCCCCCGCUCAAGGAGCUCUGCAGAAGUUCUACAGGACUUUUUCAGUCGGCUCAGAACCCUCGCCCGAGCAUAAGGGUAGUAAAGUGACCGCGAUCGCAGCCUGUCUCGAACGGAAAAUUAUUGAUCCUGUGAAAAAUAAUAGUGAUAACGUGCAAAAGUUUAUUUCUAAAGUCAACGUCAGUAACUCUGAAGUGAAUACCAAGACUGUUUCUUCGACGCCGUGUCAUGUGUAUGAAAAUAUAAACAUUACUGGUGAUAGCAAUGCGGUGCAACAAGAUAAAUUACUCGAUGAGACUAAAGGAUAUUCUUCCAUUUACGAAAAUGUGGUUAUAGUUAAAACAGUAAAUGAUGUGUGUGGUGAAUCUAAAUUGAGCAAAGCUUUGGAAUCAUUUGAUAAAAUAUUGUCAGAAUUUACCUCAGGUACAUCUCUCACUCUAGACAACAAAUGUAAUAAAAACAGUUUUAUUCCACCGAAAUUACAAAAAUCAAAAACUUGCAGUAUAAUUGAAUCGCGCUGUAUUUUAAAGAAGAGCAAUUCGGAUCCUGAUGAUAGUAAAACAAGAAGCAAAGUAGCGCGCAACAAUUCUAUUGACAAAACAACGAGUCUGUGGAAUCUGGCCGAUAUGAAGGAGAAAGAGCUUACAGCACCAUUGGUUCCACUGACCGCCAUACCCAACGACAAGAUGAAUCCUGACAGAUAUGCUACGUAUAAAAUUUCAUCAAAGAACACAGCCCGACCAAAUUGCAUCAAAGCCGAAGAGCUAAAAAAACUUGACGUCAAAACAAGAAUACUGAAGAAAACGAUGUCUAAUCCACCGUCAACACCCGUUCCGGUUGUGUCCAAAACCAAGCCAGUAACGAAAAAAGUCGAAAAAAAAGGUAUCGAGCCAAAGAAACUCAAGCCUAAAACAUGUACGGAUAACGGAUUGUUAAAUAUAAAGAUCAGUUUAAAUAGUAAAGAGAACCCAAAAUCACAAAUGCAGAAAGCAAAAAGCGUGUGGGAAAUAGGUAAUGAAUAUUUAAUUACACCCGGCUUAGAAAGAACUAAAUCUACAACUUCUAUUGCGGGCUCUCCCAGUAAGAUCCCGGUGAUAAGAAGUCAAAUGUCGCACAACAAGUUCAGCAGUACCAGGGCGCUCUUUUCUCCCACUCCAGUUGAUCUAAGUAAUGUAGACCAGGCCAGAGAGUGUGCUCAGAAAAAGAAAUUGCUAGCGCCACGUAAAAACAACGAAAAAAUGGAAAAUAAACAAAUAAGACAAAAGUCUCAACUCAAUCUUAAAUCAGAGUCAAAACGACAAACUGAUAAGAAAAAAAACGAAGCUAUUGACGGCAAAAAGACCUUGCUGUCAUCGAAAUCGAACUUAAAAGACUACUCAGAUGAAAUAAACGCUGUGAGAGCCAAAUUGCAGCACAGAAUCGUAAAUAAAAGAGAUGUAGUAGUGACUUCGGAGUCUAAACGAAAUAACAAUGAGCCGGAAAACAUUGAUAUCGUUUUAUCGCCUGUAAAAUCUAUAGUGAAAAAGUUGGAAUUAAAAACCGCGAAAGAAAUGAAAACUGAAGCGUCUCAAUUUGUAAGCUGUAGAGUAAUCCCACCUGUUCACAAAGAGUUAUGUGUAGCGAACACCACUUUCCACAACUACUUGAGCACACUCGUCGGCCGACAAGUUAAAUAUAUUGAGUCGCACAACGACUCCAAAACGUGCUCCCAGGCCGAGAAACUCGCUCUAGACAAACAAACGGAUGAGAAAAUAUCCGAUACCCACUCGGACUGCAGCGAUGACUCGGGUCAUGUUUCCAACGACGCUGUUCACGAUAACGAUCAGGCUUUCGAUAACGUGCACGACUUAAGCCCAGGACGUAACAGUGUUGACGAAGUAGACUUUAAAGUGUUCGAUAAUCCCAAGAAAUUGAGUAUAGAAUUAUCAGAGAAUGCGAAGAGUGUGUGUCCCGUGCGGCCCGCACGUCGGAGCGGGCGAGUCAACGAGGUCGCUAGCGGUACCCGCGCCAUCGACGUUCCGAAAGUGGACGAGCAGGUACGCGACACUAUUAACAUAUCGAUAACAACAAAUUACAGGUGCCGUUUAUCUGCACUCUCCCACUGGUUACAUACAAUGAUUUAG